AGUGGUUUGUUGGUUCUAUUUGAACUUGUCGCACAGUCUCGUGCAAUGACAGCGCACGCUGAACGUGCUGUGCGUUUCCUGGCAUCCGAUGUAAGCAGCUGAGCUCAUUCUAUUCAACAAACGUCAUCUAACAAUGUAGGAAAUGAGCACUUUGAGAAUUCGGAGCAAGCAAUGGAACAUGUUCGCAUGCUGCGAGCAUUUGCCUUGGAUACUGGUCUCUCAGCAGAUCACAUGCUGCAGAUGAGUAGAGUCGUCACUGCACCCAGAACAAAAUCUCCUAUGUCAAAGUCCCUGCUCCACUGCAUGGUGCCAGCCGAGAAUGUUACUAAGGACGUCAUCCUCAAUUUUUCUGGAGCACUAUGCUGUGAUUCAUUAUCUCCUGCUGUCAAGAGAGACAUCAUACAGUGGAUGGCUGCUGCAUACCAUUUGUUUGACGGCAGCUGCAAUAUAGUGCUGCUCUGCAGAGCUCUGCUAAGGCUUCUUGACACAUCCCUGUCCGGUGACGUUGUCAGUUUGAUGCUUCUGCUGGCCUCAAAGGAGACUGCCACGCCGUUCACCAUGUCCAUGGUUUCCAAAGCAUCAAAGAAAAAGCCUUACGACGACGAGCUCCUGUACCUUGCCCAUGUUCUUGAGAGAUGCCGUCCUGUUCCAGAAAGCGACAAGGCUGUCAAAGACGAGGUGAAUGCGAAGCUGGAUGCUGUUGGGUCACAAUGGGAAGCACACAUGCAUAAGCUGCAAGAGGAGCUGUUUGGAAGAGUCAGGCAUCCCUACCGUGCGAAGGAGCUAGGAGUGCGGUGUAUUGGCAUCAACACCAGCAGUAAGCACCUGCUGGAAGCCUUCGAGAGGCAUCCCCUUGACCUGAUGACAGUGCUUUUGAAUCCGGAGAUAUUGAAGGCCAUGGCCAGCGAGGGAAAGCAUCGCCAGAUAGACUACUUUCAGAGCCACUUGCGGAUGGCACUCAAUGAUGUUUUCCGUAGCCCGGAAACUGAUAAGGGCAGGCAUUUCCUCAAGUCACUGGCAAGCAUGGUCAGCAUACUACAGGAGAACCCGCCUGCUGUGGAACAGUGGCUCAUGGAGUGUGUGGGCCUGUGGGAUGCGGAUCACUACUGGGAGCAGAUCCUGGCACUCAUAUCCAGCUUCUCACUGACCUCGCCCAACCAUUUCUUUCUGUGCAUCUGGGAGCCAAUUGCCCAGAUUCUCUUCUACCAGAGCCUCGAAAUGCAGGUGAAUAUAUUCCAGUGCUUCACGGAGCUGUGUCGCUUCUGGACUCUAGUGGAAGUGCCUCGCUCUCGAGGGCGCAGGGAUUCCAUAUUCGUCAGGACUUAUGGGAAGGAAACCAUGAAUGCAUUAGAGCGCCUUAUUACUGACCUUGGGCGUGUUGGCAUGGCGCUAGUGCAACUUCACCCGAACAGGCUUGUCGAAAUCCUGCUGCCUGUCUUCGAGCUUUACUCCAUGAGACUGGAGGUGUUCAGGAAAGCAAGAGUUAUAAUGCUAUGCCUACCCGAGUGGCCAUUUGUAAUGCUUCCAGUCUUCUCACGUAAUCCACUACUCAUCGAUGGAGUCUGCAAAAUGUACUUGAGCCUGUUGGACUUCUUGGAAGAAGCAAAAGAGCAUCUUCCACUGACUUGGUUGAAGACAAAGAUCAGCGAGUACAAUAACCAGGCGGUCUGGCUGGGCCUGGCACUGAGCGGCGACUGGAAGGGCGCAUGUGCUGUUGGCCCGCAGUUGUCUCCAAUUGUCCUGGAGGCGCCGGAGGUUUCUUCCAGUGACAGUUAUAGCCCCUUGGCGCUGUGGUGGCAACCUGCGCUUCAAGAACGUGUUUUGGAACUUUGUCGUACUCACAACGUCGAGCCCCACGAGAUUGUCCUGAUUGAAGACACCUGGCUUGCCUUUAUCAACGCCUUGGCAGACUUUCAACCACACACGGCGAAGUUUAUGCGGCGGAUAUCAAAGAUGAAUGAGCAGUCGAGGGCAUCUGCAGCAUCAAAGAUAUCUGCUGAGUGAUUGCACCUCCUACAGUUUGAGUAUUUAUUGCACAUAAAAAAGAUAUGCAAAGAUUAA